UCCGGAGAAAUUGUCACUAGUAAUGGCCACGUAACGGAUCUCUGAGGGAAGAAAUUAUCCACUACUUCGCAAAAAAUCUGCGUUCAUCGUCUGCAUCAGUGACCACCACCACAAACUGAGCCCCAGCCAUGAAUCGAUAAAGCAACCAUCUUCUAACCCCGUCAAUCUACCUCUCUGCAAAUUUCUACCUCAAAAUACACUUGUUUUCUCAGUCUCCCGCUCUUUACAAAUUAAGGUAACAUUAAUUUGUGAAGGUUUAGUAAGAUGCUCCUAUUACAACCACCACCUCUUUCCGCUCGGAUUGCUUCCUUGUAUCCUCCGCUCACACGUUAUCACGUCGUCUUCCAGCCACCGCUAUGGGCCACGGCCACCACUGCUGUAAUUGCGACUGCAACUAGUGAACCAUCUUUCUCUAUUUCUUCUCCUUCUUCAUCAUCGAAAUCGCUCGAUGAAGUUGAUGAAGAUAACGGCGUCGUUUCUAUCCAAAGCCGGCGCUACGACUUCACUCCACUCCUCAACUUCCUCUCCAAGUCCACCAACGCCGAUUUGGACACGAAUUCGGAUGCCGAAGUAGCUCCGCCCACCUCGCUAGACCCUGCUGAGUUUCAACUAGCUGAGUCGUAUAGGGCCGUGCCUGCCCCGCUGUGGCAUUCACUCCUGAAAUCACUAUGCUCAUCCUCGGACUCCAUUCACCUUGCAUACGGCGUCGUUUCUUGGCUGCAAAAACACAAUCUCUGCUUUUCCUACGAGCUGCUCUACUCUAUUCUAAUCCACGCACUUGGCCGUUCGGAGAAGCUAUACGAAGCAUUUUUGCUCUCGCAGAGGCAAACUCUGACCCCUUUAACGUAUAAUGCCCUAAUUGGUGCUUGUGCUCGCAAUAACGAUCUUGAGAAAGCUCUCAAUUUGAUGUCUAGGAUGCGACAAGACGGAUACCCGUCGGAUUUUGUUAAUUACAGCUUGAUUAUUCAGUCUCUUACGCGAACUAAUAAGAUUGACUCUGCCCUUUUGCAGAAGCUCUAUAGAGAGAUUGAAUGCGAUAAGAUUGAGCUAGAUGGGCAGCUUUUGAACGAUAUAAUUGUGGGUUUUGCAAAAGCUGGAGACCCGACCAGGGCUAUGCAGUUUCUGGCCAUGCUUCAGGCCAUCGGGUUGAGCGCAAAAAGUUCGACUAUUGUGGCGGUUAUAUCAGCAUUGGGAAGUUCCGGGAGAAUUGUGGAGGGUGAGGCUUUGUUUGAGGAAAUGAAAGAAAGUGGAUUGAAACCUAGGACCAAGGCUUACAACGCGCUGCUGAAAGGGUACGUGAAAACCGGUUCUUUGAAAGAUGCGGAGUUGAUUGUCUCAGAGAUGGAGAGGAGUGGCGUUUCACCUGAUGAGCAUACUUACAGUCUUCUCAUUGAUGCUUAUGUGAAUGCGGGAAGGUGGGAGAGUGCCAGGAUUGUUUUGAAAGAAAUGGAGGCCAGCAAUGUGCAGCCCAAUUCCUUUGUUUUUAGUAGAAUUUUAGCUGGUUAUCGCGAUAGAGGAGAGUGGCAAAGAACAUUUCAGGUACUGCGGGAGAUGAAGAGCAGUGGGGUGAAACCUGAUAGGCAUUUUUACAAUGUGAUGAUAGAUACUUUUGGCAAGUAUAAUUGUCUUGAUCAUGCCAUGGCUACGUUUGAUCGGAUGUUGUCAGAGGGGAUUCAGCCUGAUACAGUUACUUGGAACACGCUUAUUGACUGCCACUGCAAGUCAGGGCGCCAUAAUGUUGCAGAGGAGUUGUUUAAGGUAAUGCAGGAAGGAGGGUACUUGCCAUGUGCCACUACAUAUAACAUUAUGAUAAAUUCUUUUGGAGAGCAGGAGAGGUGGGACGGAAUUAGGAACUUAUUGGGGAAAAUGCAGAGUCAGGGGAUUCUUCCAAAUGUUGUAACAUACACCACUCUUAUUGAUGUUUAUGGACGGUCGGGGAGAUUUAAUGAUGCUAUAGAGUCCUUGGAGGCUAUGAAAUCUGCAGGUCUCAAGCCAUCCCCAACCAUGUACAACGCCUUAAUAAAUGCCUAUGCACAGAGGGGUUUGUCUGAACAAGCAGUAAAUGCCUUUAGAAUCAUGAGAAUUGAUGGGCUAAAGCCCAGCAUCUUGGCUCUCAAUUCGUUAAUCAAUGCAUUUGGUGAGGAUAGAAGAGAUGUUGAAGCAUUUGCUGUGUUGCAAUUCAUGAAAGAAAAUGACUUGAAACCAGAUGUUGUUACGUAUACUACACUCAUGAAAGCUCUGAUUCGUGUUGAUAAAUUUGACAAGGUUCCAUCUGUGUAUGAAGAAAUGAUCAUGGCAGGAUGCACCCCGGACAGGAAGGCGAGAGCUAUGUUACGAUCUGCUCUGAGAUAUAUGAAACAGAUACUGAGAUCAUAGUUGGCAAGAGAAUUAUCCAGCCAGGACACCGUGUGAGAUCAACUCCCAUGUUUGAGGCAGUAAGAUACCAGUUUGAGGAAAUGUUUUAUACAAACUGAGUCGUCCCGCCAAUAUCUUGGCAGAGAAGCAUCACGACUAUGAUUAAUGCUGUUCUGGAUAGAAGCUGCAAACUGAUACACUAAUACAAAAGCACAAAA